ACUCUCUAACGUUAGAACGCUGGUCCUUGUCCAACAGAAAAUUUGCUUCAGAUCACCAAGUAACAACAAAUAAAACCCAAUCGGGCACAAAUCUACCGUUGGAGUUGUGCCCUUACCGAGACUUAUAUAACACUUGAAACUUCAACCAAGUGAGACGUACAUACAUACGCAUACGGAUACAUACAGAUACAGAUCACUACCGACACUAGCACUAGCGAGUCUUGGCCCAUCAUGCAGAACUCUCCUCGCUCUGGAUCCUUUGAACGUCGCAGUUCUGUCCAUGAUAGAAUGCCAAGCCCAUCUCCCAUCCGAUCGCCAUUGUCCAGGAGCCGUACCCCUUCACCCUCUCGUGGUCGAUCACAAGCGCCUCGUGGGAGACCUUCAUCUCGCAUGGUAUCGCGCUCUAAAUCACGAGGAAGACUCUCGUCUCGAUCAAGCUCACGCUCACCAUCCCGUCGCUCCAAGCGCAGCGACAACCAUCAUCACCAUGGGCUCUUCAAGACUACGGCUGGCCUUCUAGCUGGUAUUGGUGUCGCUGCUGUUGUAGCCCAUAAGGUCUGGCCCAAGGGUGUUCUGUACGGUGAUCAUGAAGACUGGGAGCAUUCUUCCAAGCAUCACCGCUCAGACCGCACUCAUCACCGUCGUCGGCGCUCACUUGAAAAUGGCGAGCGUGUGGUCGAGCGAACAACUCGACGUCGUGGCGAUGCUGUCUACUACGAAGAAGUUGAUCGCAGGCGACCUCAGAACUUUGAGCGUAUGCCACGGCCUGAGUAUGAGAGGCUGAGGCAGCCUGCUGAGCGAUUGCCAUAUCCUGCUGAUGAUCACUAUGUUCAGGCCCAGCCAGUCUAUGCUGAGCGGAGGAGGACCGUCGUUCAGCCUGCUCCUAUGCACCCCGAGUGGUGACAUAGCCUGACAAUGGAAUGAGCUUUCAUAUAUUUAUUUAUUCUGCUGUCAUUUAUGUCUAUUGGGUGGUUUGGGUGGAAUUGCAUUGUACUGCAACGGAGUUGGUUGAGUGUUUAUUUGACAAUUCUUACGACUUAUAUGCCACAUGAGACAAUGAUACGGCGUUCAGAUACACAUGGGACUGGUUUAUAAAU